GGAGACUGAAGACAAACAGAGCGGAGCCUCAAAGGCGGGUGGACGUGUUUUUCCCGGGAGAAAAGGAGACGCCUUCAGUCUGCGUGGGGGGGGGGGAGUCAUCUGACUGCUGUGUUCACUUAUUUACAAAAAUUUAUUUAUUAUUUUUUUAUUUCUACCAUUCUAUGUUUGAUGGCAUCAUUAUUUAAUAUGGGAUCCCUGUUCUGUAUAGUGGUGACAGCAUCUUUAACCCAUGCCUCUCUGACACGCUCUGAUGAUGCUGAGGAUUUCCUGUCCAUCGGCCUGAAGGAGGGCUCCAUGGGGGAGGUCAGCCAGAGCAGUAGUGGUGCUGACCCAGUCACCUUCACCCCUGCUGAGGAAGGCAGGAGGCGUCCCAGGAGGUGCACGUGUUACACCUACAGAGACAAAGAGUGUGUGUACUACUGUCACCUGGACAUCAUCUGGAUCAACACACCGGAGCAUACUGUACCCUAUGGGAUGUCCAGUGACUCAGGCUCCCUGCGCCUGAAGCGCUCUGCCCAGAGGAGCAGGAAUGGGGCCGUGGCGAGGCGCUGUGCAUGCAGGCUGCAGACGGACUCAGACUGCAGGAGCUUCUGCAUAGACAGGCACAGGAAGGUGCUCCUUGUAAGACUCAAAGCAAAGGAGAGGACGUCCCAUUUCUACAGACGGGACAGGACGGGGAUUUUAAGAUGA